UCUCGAUGGACGCUCGGAUUAUUGCCCCGGGUCCGGUUACCUCCUGCAUAUAAACUAACCGGGCCAGGCGAAGGCUGACACAGUCGUAGUCGUUCACCCAUAAACAUACAUAGGUAGACGGGGCACAAUGGAGCCGGAGUCGGAUACCGUUCCGGAGGCAGAGGAGUGUAUCAUGCAAAUGCUGCCCUUCCUGGCAGCACCAGGACAGUUCGGGCCAGAGACUCGUGAGCCGGGUCUGAUGUGCUGGCGGGUGGAGAAGAUGAAGGCUGUGCCGCUAGAACCGGCGGAGUUCGGCGCCUUCUUCAGCGGGGAUUCCUACCUGGUGCUCAGCAACCGUGGGGAGGAGGGGGCAGACCUGCAUAUGUGGAUUGGUGAGAAGUCUUCCCGUGACGAGCAGGUGGCCUGUGCCAUGUUGGCCACCCAGCUGGACAACUAUCUGGGGGGAGACCCCAUCCAGCACCGGCAGGUCCAGGGCUAUGAGUCCCCAGAGUUCAUGAAUCUGUUCCCCAGAGGGGUCACCUAUAAGGAGGGCGGCGUCGAGUCCGGUUUCCGGAAGAACCAGUCAGACUCUGGCCUGAUCCACCGGUUGUAUCAGAUAAAGGGCAAGCGCAACAUCCGGGCCAAAGAGGUGGAGCUCAGCUGGGAUAGCUUCAACAAAGGCGACUGUUUCAUACUGGACCUAGGAGAGACCAUCGUGUCCUGGGUGGGCUCAAAGGCGAACAUCUUCGAGAAGCAGAAAGUGCACGAGAUCGCCACGUUGAUCCGCGACACCGAGAGGCAUGGCAAAGCCCAGAUCACGAACAUCAGCGAAGGGGAGGAGACUACACAGAUGCUUGAGGUACUGGGCCCAAUGCCAGCCCUGAAAGUCAGCACCCCGGAGGAGGACACCAAAGCUGACGCAUCCAACUCUGCCUCCCUCUACAAGGUCUCCGAUGCCACAGGUUCAAUGAAACUGACCAAAGUGUCCGAGAAGAGCCCGUUUAGUCGGGACCUCCUAGUGCGUGAUGACUGCUUCAUACUAGACAAUGGAGCCAACGGGAAGAUCUUUGUCUGGAAAGGCAGUGGAGCCAAUGCAGAGGAGAAGAGGGAAGCUCUAAAGAUGGCCGACGAUUUCAUCCAGAAGAUGAAUUAUCCCCGGAUGAAAACACAGGUGGAGAUACUUCCACAAGGCAGAGAGAGAGUCAUCUUCAAGCAGUUUUUCCAGGAUUGGAACUAAAGUCACGUUUUUGCUACCAUUCCUACUCUUGCGCAAGAAACCCCACACGAGAGUCUUGCACUCAGUGACAUUGAGUCCCAUUAAAAAUCACUUGGCUAAUUUGUCCAGCAUGUUUUGUAUAUUAUAAAGAUAUGUGUAUUUGGAAAAAAACUGUUGUAACAAGUAUGACAAAUUUGUGAGAUUGUGCUAUAUUUAAUAUUGAAAUGUAGAACUAGAACCCCCUCGGGCUGAAUCACACGUCACUUUUCUUCACAAACGCCGACCACAAUAAGGGCCGAUAGAGCGCCCUCUAGUGACAUCAAUAAUCCCAAACUUUAAUUUGAACGUGCGCCAAGAAUCUUUCAUUACUUUUUUACGUAUUAGGUUGAGUUUGUGUAAAGGCUUCACAGAACAGCAGAUUGUGGAAUAAAUACGUGAGACGGAUAAA